AUGAUCAGUGGCAGGUACCACGAAGUGCUUGAACGGCUCGGAAAGGCGGAACCAUCAACAGUGGACGAGUGCAAAGCUGUAUUGGAGCGCAUUCGUGUCAACAAAGGCCACAUCGACGAGGAUUACCGACUGGAUUUGGAGAAGCUUUCCCACGGACAUCGCGACCGGACAUUCAUCUCCCAGCAGCUUUACUCGUCCAAGUAUCGUUUCUUGUACGAACUUGUUCAGAAUGCUGACGAUUCGCUGUACAACGAGGCGCACAGCGCAUCGGUACUACCCUUUCUCCGAUUCAAGAUCGCGCCAGAUGCUUUCAUUGUGGAAACAAAUGAAGAUGGCUUCAGACUAGCCAACGUUGAGGCAGUGUGUGCGACUGGGGAAAGCUCGAAGAAGUCGUCAGCUACAGACGAUCACAUCGGAGAGAAAGGCUUCGGAUUCAAGUCUGUGUUCUCCAUUGCAGAGGAAGUGCACGUUCAAUCUGGACUCUGGUCAUUUCGGUUUCAACAUCGGCGCGGAGACGACGGUCUUGGUAUGGUGACGCCACUGGACGCCGAGCCAGUCCCUCUCCCUGAGGAUGUGACUACAAGAAUAACUUUGCGCCUCGCGAGGGAUGCAACUGCAGAGUACCAGGGUCUACUCAAUGCUGUCGCAAGCAUGCCUGAUACAACACUUUUCUUCUUGCAGAGACUACGCAGGUUCCGUAUUCAUGUCACAAACCCAGACCUGGACGACAAAGAAGUGACAACUACUUUCGAGAGAAUCGCACUUGAAUCUCCCCCAGGUCGCGUCCUUAUUAGGCGCCAGGAAGAGUUCAACGAUGAAAUCACGGUCGACGAAAGCUUGUAUCGUUGUUUCACUCACGUCGUCGAGAACAUGCCAGCACACGAAUACCGGGAGGGUCGCGGAUCAGCGCGCGUCGAGUUGGCCUUUCCAGUCGACUCCACAACACAGCAGCCAAAGCUUAGCGAAUCUGGACAUCAUGUUUUCGCUUAUUUACCAUUGCAGCGUUUGCAACAGAUUCAGGUAAGAUCAUGUCAUGUGAAGAAGAAGUAUACUAAUCCAUUCCGUAAGUUCCUCAUCCAAUCAGACUUUGUCACCUCUGCAAGCCGAGAAAGUGUCGUUGAUUGUACGUGGAAUGAAUUCAUAUUCCAUGGUGUGGCGAAGACGUUCGCAAUGGCUGUUGAAGAGUUCACGAACGACGGUGAUCCCCUGGAGUAUUCUUGGCUCGAUUACCUACCUACCGGACUAAGCGACGAUCGAUGGAAAUUAAUGCGUCAACUGAUUACAAAAGAGCUCGCAGAGAAAACUAUCCUGCAGACUUGGCGACAGCGACGUCUUAGAAGACCAGGAGAACUACGUUUACUACAGGACAACAUGCUGCAUGGCGGCAAACCGAUCUUGGAGGCCAUAUCGGGUGAUGUCGACCUUGCCCCUGAUUACAUUCCUAAAUACGUCUCUGAAGUUUUUUCCCUUGGGGUACGUUGGGCAGGUCUACCUCGCAUGAUGAAGCGGCUAGAGACUGAUGUCCUGACCGUCACUUCGAGAUUGAAAACCACGGAACCGCACGAUGCAUGGCACGUUGCAUUUGCAUCCUUGUUUCUACAGGCAUGGUCGAUCAAAGCCCCCGACGUUGGUGUCCAAAACAGACUGAGGAAACUGGCUAUAAUACCUCUGCAGAAUCGUCGGCAGUGGACAGGUGCACCAGGGCAAAGCAGCGGUGGGAGUUUGGAUCAUAUCUACUUCUCUGAUGUCGACGGCAUCAAUAUUCCCAGCUCUAUAGGAUUGAAUCUCCUCGAUACACACGCGUCUUCGAAUCCGACGCGCAAGGCCUUUUACACAGCACUCGGUGUCGAGGAGUGUUCGCAUGAGUUUGUCGUGGAUAGGAUCAAGCAGAUACAUGGCCGCGCCAACAAAGCUCCUGCUGAUAUACCGUCCCAUCUUCGAUACCUUUUCUGCGCGAACGAGGAAGCUUCGCUGCUCAAACAAUGGAUCUGGGUGCCGACAACAAGCGGGCAUGUGAGAGACUCUGCAACGUUAUACUUCCCGUCAGAAGAAGCCCAUCAUCUCUAUCAAGCUCUUGCUGAACUUCAUCCAUCGAGAUAUCAGGGAAUCUUGGGAUUUGUUGACAAGUCUCUAGUCGACUGGGAAGAAAACUCUGCGAGAGACCAGCGUGAUGCGUGGAAAAAGUGGUUGGAGCAGGCGACAGGUGCCCGAUACUAUCCGCCACUCGUACACGAAAAUGCAAAGACGUCUUUGCCAGAGCUUUCCCCAGCUUUAAUGUUAGUCCACCUGUGGUCAGGUCACGAAUUUUUGGACAUGCUCAGAGAGCAUUGGCGCGAUUACCAAAAGGACAUUUCACGCAUCGAAGACCAGCUCAGGCACCUGGAAGUACCAUGCGCCGCCCAGGUUGAUGAGCCUGACCAAUUCGAACCUCUUCAAGAUACAUACCUACCUACGGUAGACGUCAUUGAUGAAAUGCUGAACCUUGAUCUAACCUUGGGCAAGUUUCGUAUACUCGAUAUACCUGGUUUUUGCCAACUGUCGGACAAUCUUGACAAAGACGGCCGUGUAAAGUGGCGAUUUUUGGAAGAAUUUGGCGUACGUAGCGAGGUAGAUCUCGAGUUCUACGAGUGCGCUCUUCAGGGUAUCAGGUCAGUGGCUCAAGAUCCUGAUCUGGGAAUUCUGGAGAAGAUAUAUGCGGGCCUAGCGAAGUUCGCUACGGCAGACGAUCACGACGAUCUUUGCAAACUCUUCUCCCAGGAGCUGCUCUGGAUACCCAGCAAUGUACCAGAUGCUGUCCCCGAGGAUGUCUUGGAAGAGCUGAUCAAACGACGGCAAGCUACCGAUCUCACAACCACCCUUUCCGUUGCAGGAGACAUCUAUUCAUACAUCCGUGAUAAUACAGUCCGUGACGAGGAGUGGCAGAUACUGAGGACGCAGUUCCAGCAAAACGAUUUGAUUUUGGGCACGAAUAACACCUGGCACACCCUGGAGACGUGUGUGUGGCACAGCCGUUUCUUGCUUUCCGGAUACGAAGACCUUAGCUCCAUCUACCCACAAUUGGAAACCUUCUUCGUGAAGCAUCUCAAAGUCAAGAAAGUCACACCGACUAUGGUUAUCAAGGAGAUAUCGAAAAUGGUCAGGAACAAAUCGCCCGACUACGAUAAUAUCCGAAAGCGGCUCGUCGACGUCAGCAGGAUGCUGACUACUACCAAGCUGGAUAAGGCAACUAAAGAUGCGCUAUCCGAUCUUGCGGCAAGCAAAUUCCUGCCCAAAAGACUUGCCAAUGGCGGUACAGUCCUCCUUAGCCGUCACGAUGCCUACGCUAUCCGGGACCAUACUCGAUAUGGCAGCGCCUUUGAGGAGCAUGACAUCUUACUCGACUUCUCCGUUGAGGAGGUUCAAAUUAUGAACGUCAUGUUCACGCAUACUGGUAUCAAGAGGUAUUAUCUCUCGUCUUUGGUGGUCGAGAAGUCCACGGUCGAGGAAGAUAGUGAGGAAGACGAUGCCCUUACGCAACAACUGCAAGUGAAAGCGUACGCUCUAUAUUGCUGUGCUGCGAAGUACAAGAGUGUGAAAGCUCUCCAUGGAGAUCACUCACUUUUCGACACUUUGUCAGCUGUUCGGAUCUCCAGAGGCGAUCUCGCGACCCACCUGGUCAUCGACAACAAAGACCCAGACCUUCAUCUUAGUGUAAGAAGCGAGCGAUCAUUCAUACACCAUGAGAGAACGGCAGACGGUCUAAGAAUCUACGUACCCAAAGGCCCGAAGCAACGUCAAUCUUCCUAUCGAUCACAGCUUCCGAAACUGCUUGCAGACAUCAUGGAAGUCGACGACAGCGCACGUCAUGACAUCUCUGUCAUCAUUGGUAGCGACCUCCGAGCCUUAGACGACAUCCUGAUCGAGCUCGAUAUAUCGUGCGUGUCGUGGAUCACAAAGCCAGUUCUGAAUCUACCGGACGAUGAAGAUGAGGAUGGGGAUGAGGAUGAAGAUGAUUCAUCGUCGCCGUUUGAGCCGCGACACGUGCACAAUGCUGAAAACACAAGCACGCAAAGACGCUCUUCUCUAGUCUCAGCAAAUGGGUCUGUGAACUCAUCCGAGUCCACCUUCGUCGAAGAUGUGACAGCUAGCUCCAGACAUGCGGCCUACAGUCCCAAAGCAAGUCGCAGCUUAGAUCAGGAGCGUAUUAACCGCCUUCAUGGGGCUCUAGGUGAAGCAUUUGUUUUUGAAACGCUCGCCGCUCUCAAUUUGACCGACUUCACGCUCGACAAUUGGCGCAGUACGAUUCGCGGAGAGCUCUCACGCUAUCCGAAAUACGCCGGCAUUGCCAACUGGCAAGGUCGCGAAACAGCGGAUAUCGUCUACACGGAUCGCGAUGGUACGCUGACGCAGUGGUUGAAGGGGAGAUGCACAGGUGGCUAUCCUGCUAGUAGUACUGAGCGUGACUUCGCGAGGCACCCGAUCGAAUACUACUUCGAAGUCAAGAGCACAACAAGUGCUUGUGAGACGAGGUUCUUCCUGAGUGCGGGACAGUACAAACUCGUAAGUUGUCUAGACUUCCUUGACAAAUAUGUGGGAUGA